UCAUUAUUUGUCAUUAGUUGUUAAUUAGUAACGUAGCUAAGGAUAUUACACAAAAUGGCAGGAAAAGAUAAAAUAGUUGCGAUUGAGGAAGGAACUCAAUUUUCUAACAAUGAAAGGAUUGAGCCUUCUGGUUCUUUCUGCACUUCGUCUGCAGUGGUAGAAAUCAUUCAAAAGGUAAUUGCGGAAACAAUCGGAACAUACUUCCUGAUAUUUAUUGGGUGUGGUUCGGUAGCCGUUGAUAAGAUAUACGGAUCACUAACAUUUCCGGGUGUAAGUGUGGCAUGGGGCAUGGUCAUCAUGGUCAUGGUCUACUCCGUUGGUCAUAUUUCUGGUGCCCAUUUUAACCCUGCUGUCACUAUCACAUUUGCCCUAUUCCGCCAAUUCCCGUGGAAACAGGUGCCUAUGUACAUUUUGGCUCAGCUGGUUGGUUCAAUCCUUGCGAGUGGGACUUUGUAUGUUUUACUUGGUGUGAAGAGUGAGGCUUUCUUCGGAACCCUUCCCGCUGGUUCAGACAUUCAAUCUUUCAUUAUUGAAUUCAUAAUGUCUUUCCUUCUCAUGUUCGUCAUCUCUGGCGUUGCUACUGAUAAUAGAGCUAUCGGAGAGCUGGCAGGAAUCGCUAUUGGAAUGACAAUUCUCAUUAGUGUUCUUGUUGCAGGGCCUAUUUCUGGAGCAUCAAUGAACCCAGCAAGAAGUCUUGGGCCUGCAAUAGUGAUGCAUAAGUACAAAAGUAUAUGGGUUUAUAUCGUUGGGCCAAUAAUGGGAACCACAGCUGGUGGGUUCACUUAUAACCUCAUCAGGUUCACGGAAAAGCCCCUUAGAGAACUCACUAGAAGUGGAUCAUUCCUCAAAAGCUUAUCGAGAAAGGCCAGUACUUCAGCCCACUAGACUUUCUGCCGUCAUUUGAAAGUUCAAACUACAACGUAGAGGUGAGCAUAAAAAUAGAACCAAACCUCCCCGUAAUGAUACUGAACCGGAUAUCAGAUAUUUAAAUGGUUCUAUAUAUAGAUUUGUAUCUUGAACCAAAGUCGUAUCGUUUGAAAUGAGUGUGGGUUCGGUCCUAGAUUGUGAGAAUAAAAAAUUACCGGACAAGACCGUUCAGAAAUAAUGUGUUUGAGUUUUUAUAUUUUUUCUUUACCAAUAAUUCUCUUAUUCAGAUAAAUAGUAUUUUAGCCCAAGUAUGUACUCAUUCG